AUGACAUCAAAUAUAGCGGAAUCCAUCAACAACACCAACAGAAUAGCUAGAAGAUUACUCGUGGUUUCAACAAUAGAUUUUAUGAGGUUAAUGAUUGAAUCAUGGAAUGCAAAACAACAUGAGGAGGCAACAAACACAUUAAAAGAGUUGACGGCCAAAUAUAAUGAUGUUUUGAUAAAUAAUCAUUUGUUAUCUCAGAAAAUGAUAGUAAAAGUAACAAAUGAAUUUCUAAAUAUUGUUACUAAUGGAGCAAAAAGAUUCAUUGUUUGUUUGCGAAGAAGAAAGUGCAGCUGUGGAGAAUUUCAAUUGGACAAAAUACCCUGCUCUCAUGCUAUGGCUGCUAUUACAUAUAGAAACCAACAUGGAGGGAACUAUUGCUCACCUUACUAUAGCAACAAGAAUUUCAGAGAUGCUUAUGUCAUACCAGUUGAACCUCUUCCUUGUGAAAGUACAUGGGAAAUACCACGUGAAGUGUUGGAUGAAGUUGUAUUGCCACCUGAUUCUAAACGACCUCCUGGAAGACCAUGUUUUGAAAGAUGA